GUGUGUCGGAGUGAGAGGGACAGAGGGUGUGUGUGUUAGUGUGCCGCCUGGCUGUGUGUGGGACGCGCGUGGUUCUCUCCGCUCCGCUUCCCGGCACGUGUGUUGCCAGACCAAGCCACCUGUUGCUCUGCCACCGAGAAUAAAGCAGAUUAAAUAUAAUUGAGGAAACUGAAAAUAAAAAAAAAAUAAUCAUAGAAGGAAGAGAAGAAAAAAAAUAAGAGAAAAUAAUAUAUAAUCACCAAAAGAACAAAGGAAUAAAAAAAAGGUGAUAAUAACUAUACGAAGAAAGUGAAAAAAUAGAGAUAAGGAUAAAACAACAGAAUAAAAGGAAGAGCAACGAACAAUACAGAAGGAAGACAAGCUAAUGAUAAUGGUGGCAGGCAUGAUGGCCCCGUGGUGCUGAUUGUGCUGUGCUGUGCUGUGCUGCGUGACGCCCUAAACACACACACACACACACACACACACACACACACACACACACACACACACACACACACACACACACACACACACACACACAUAGCACCAACACAUACUUACUUUUAAGGUAAGGCAUUUUUCUCUAACUACUACUACUACCACUACUACUACUACUACUACCACCACCACCACUACUACUCAGAUAAUACAACCAGAACAUACACCACCACCACUACAACCACCACCACCACCACCACCACCACCACAAUGAUUAUGAUCAAGAAAGAGAAGCCAGUUAUGUCCGUUUCUUCCAUCAUCCACGGAUCCCAGCAGCGGCCUUGGACUCCAGGUGAGUUUGGCUGUGGGACCAUUCAGGCGCCAGCACCACCACCACUGCCUCCAUUUGUAUCUCCACUGCAAGGUGUGGAUAUCGGCAUGUCCGGCUCCCUGGAUCGCCAGUCCCCCCUCAGCGUGGCGCCAGACACCGUGUCCCUUCUCUCCCCUGCGCCCAGCUUCUCCAAUGCCAAUGGUGGACCGGCAUCACCCAGCAUAUCAACAUCUCCCUUCACCAUUGGCUCAAGCAACACCACCAGCUUGAGCACCUCCCCAACCCAGUACCCCCCAAGCCACCCACUGUCUGGCUCCAAGCACCUCUGCUCCAUAUGUGGUGACCGGGCCUCAGGCAAACACUAUGGCGUGUACAGUUGUGAAGGCUGCAAAGGAUUCUUCAAGCGGACAGUGCGCAAGGACCUGACAUAUGCUUGUCGGGAAGAGAGAUCAUGCACCAUCGACAAGAGACAGAGGAACCGUUGCCAGUAUUGCCGGUACCAGAAGUGCUUGUCCAUGGGGAUGAAGAGAGAAGCGGUCCAGGUAGGGGCAGUAGAGGAGGAGCGUCAGAGGACAAAAGGUGACAAAGGAGACGGGGACACAGAAUCCUCCUGUGGCGCCAUCUCGGACAUGCCCAUUGCCAGCAUCCGGGAGGCUGAGCUCAGCGUGGAUCCCAUCGACGAGCAGCCACUGGACCAAGGGGUGAGGCCUUCCAACCUUUGUCAAGUUCCACUCGCAGCACCUGAGACCAUUGAUAUAAGUGAAAAGAGUAGCUUUGCAUUACCUUUUCAUUCUGUCAGUGAAGUUAACAACGUUAAUCCAGUGCAGGAUGUGGUAAGCAAUAUCUGCCAGGCAGCUGAUCGACAUCUGGUGCAGCUGGUGGAGUGGGCCAAACAUAUCCCACACUUCACAGACCUUCCCAUAGAAGACCAAGUUGUAUUACUCAAGGCUGGCUGGAAUGAGUUGCUCAUUGCUUCAUUCUCACACCGCAGCAUGGGAGUAGAGGAUGGCAUUGUGCUGGCCACAGGCCUUGUGGUGCACAGAAGUAGUGCUCACCAGGCUGGGGUGGGAGCCAUAUUUGACCGUGUCUUGUCUGAGCUGGUGUCCAAGAUGAAAGAAAUGAAGAUGGAUAAGACAGAAUUGGGUUGUCUCCGCGCCAUUGUCCUGUUCAACCCAGAUGCCAAAGGAGUGACCUGCUGCAGCGAUGUGGAGAUCCUGCGUGAGAAAGUGUAUGCUGCCCUUGAGGAGUACACACGCACCACCUACCCAGAUGAGCCCGGCCGCUUCCCCAAGCUGCUGCUCCGACUCCCUUCACUCAGGUCCAUUGGACUCAAGUGUCUUGAAUACCUCUUCUUCUUCAAGCUCAUUGGAGAUACACCCCUGGAUAGCUACUUGAUGAAGAUGCUGGUGGACAAUCCAAGUCCCAGCAACACUUCCCCCACCAGCUAGGCCACCCGCGAGCCGCCAAGUGGUGUUCGCAACUGGCGUUCCCCAAAUACUCGCGAAGUCUUUUGUUAUUGCAAGGGAUCCCAAUGGAGUGCUUUCAGUCCUCUGUGCUCACUUGUGGUCUGAUUGUUGCCCAUCUUGAUGUGGAGUUAGCCAGUCAAGUGCAUCACCCCUGCAUGGAAAAACAGAGAAAAAGAUUGAUUUGCAACCAUGAUAGCAUCCAGUGACAGGAAUUGUAAGCUGAAGCACACGGAGGGAAAUGGAACGUGGAAGCACAUAGAUGAAGGGGGAGGCACAGCAUAAUACCAAGCAAGGCUUGCUGCUGGUGAUGCUGGUGAGACAGGAAAGGUUUACUCUGUUUUACAUAUAUAUAUAUUCACACAUCUACUAUAUAUAUAUAUUACAUAUUUUCAUGCUAUUCUUUGCUGUGUGUUAGAUAAGCAUUAUCUAGAAUUGAUAUCCUCCUUAAGAGCAUUGGAAGGUUUCACUAAUAUAAUUUAAUUAUUUUAUAGUUGUGUUACAUAACAAUAUUUAUGUUGGGAAGAUUAGUUUCCAUAAAUUUCAUGUAUUUCAGCUACACCCUUGGACAAUAAACAGCUUUGUUUUUGAAGAUCCUACAGGACUGUUAGUUUAGUGUGACAAUCCUCCACAUGACACUCCAUAACAGAACAUGAAGUACAGUACAAAUUUUUGGCAAAAAUUUUCAUGUGUAUUAGGUUCCCAUGAGUUUUGAGCUGCAGAGUGUGCAGUCAGUGAAAAGUGAAAGACUCAGUUUUAUGAAUGUGGGGGCACUUGGUGGUGUUCUGGGGAAAGGACCCUCAUUGAUUUUAUUUCAGAUUUUUCAUGAGAGUCCUAUUAGGCAGAGAUAACAGUAGCAUUUAGCAUAAUAAGUGUUACAUGUGUCCACUUGCAUGCAGCAGUUGUUGCAGUCACCUAACAGCCCAAUGCUUUAGUUUAUGAUGGGAGGAAAGAUUGGUCGUGUCAUUGGCUUGACUCGGUGCUACGACUGAAUCCUUAUGUUUGAGCAAACAGGAGGAGAGGAAAAAGUUAAGAGGUCAAUCCUGCAAUACAGGAGUGUUUUACUGGAUGCGAUAUUCUGUGUUUCACCAAGAAGGUGUUUUUAACAGGUGAACUUUUUAAUGAGUGUUUAUAAAUGUUUGUGAAACAUGUCGGACGUUUGUCUUGUUGAUUAUUCUGUCAUGCUUUAGCACAAGCUUCAUCCCAGUGUAAUUUUGUAUAUAAAUAUUCAUUUCAUAUUCAUUUUGACUACAUUGCUUAGUGUAAGGCUCCUUUUAGUGUGUAAUGCAAUCCAGCAGCAGCAACAGCCACAGGGGCUGUCAGUGUGGUGGCUGGAGUGAGACUUACAGUACUGAAUUACAACUGUUCUCUAUCUCAGCUGUUGUCAAUUAUCUAAGUCAUAUGUUAUUCUAAACUGAAUAUUAAAUAUUCUGUGGUAGCUAAAUACUUUUAGAAAUAUAUAAAAUUAUAUUGUGCUUUAAAAAAAAAUAUCACUAACUGAAUUGAACUUAUUACUUUUAUAAUGAAUCAUUGAAUUAUUCCAUGACUUAAUUAAAAACAGUUUUCCCAGUACAUUAUUUCUAACCUUUCCCUGUGUACAUAUUUUCUGUUACAGCUGCAAAGAUUUUUUUUUUUCAUUAUUCAAUCCAUGUAGAACAGUACAACUGAUGUUGUGUGCAAGACUAUUUACCUCUGUGUAAGGUGAUCUUGUUUGGACUUGAAUGUGGUGAUAAACUUUUGCAUAUUUUAAGUCCCCCCAGUAACUUUCCCAUACAUGUAUCCCGGUUGUGAAUUGGCCAGCCGCCUUGUGGUGCACGAGGCGUGGUGCACAAGGGGGCUGGCUGCAGGAGUUGUCUCAUAGUGCUGACCCUCUAUAGCAAACAUUGCUCAGGUUAUAAAAUAUUGAACCCUUACAAAAUCACUUGUUAAAACAGCAUUUAGUAAUACCCUUUUAUCUUUAAGUUUAUUGUGCUAGAAGAAUUAAAAUUCAUAUAUGCAAUACAUGCAAUCUUUGCAAAUAUUUAUAUUCACAGAAAGAAAUAUGUCAAUUUACCCGGUGUUGCUGUUAGGGAAAGAAUGUAUAUUGUAACCUUGGAAGCCAGCAUCAUGAUAUAUAAAGGUUUGGUUGAUGUGAAGCCAAUUAUUACAUACACUUGUUGUUGCCUAGAACCUUCUUGUUCCUCUGAAAGAUAUGAUGUGCUUAUGCCAAUGUAUCUUACUUAUUCUCUUCUGUGGUGACAGGAUUAUGUAGAAGAAUUUCUAGAAAUUAGUCAUAUUUAGGGAUUUUUCACUUUUGUAAUUAUUACCUUUGGUUUUAGGUAAAUUUGCCCAGUGCUCAAGUUUUCAUGAAUGUUAUUAAUUCUGUGUCAAGAUCUUAGAUGUUGCAAAACUAUUUUUGUUAUUAAUGGUCAUCUUUGAAAUGGAAUGACAUAGUUUUGUACAUAGCAUUAAUAUCUGUAAUUUUAAGUGUCGUUACAAAUGCUGGAGACUAAGAAAAUAUUAACACUUGCACUUCUGUGGAUAUUGGGCAGAGCAUAUAGUACAGCAGUUCAUUGCUUGGCAGUCAACAAAUGAUCUUGUGGUCAGCAAAAAAAAUAUGAAUAAAAAAAAUUGUGUGCUGCUGGAAUUCCACACUAAGUAUUGACAUGGUGGUGAUCUUCAAUGUGUUCCCUUAAUCCAGUGUUGGCCCAUUUAGUGGCAUGUUGAAAUAAAUUAAAUAGAAAC